AUGAAGAGAGGAGGGCAGCUUUCGAUGUGCUGUAGGCUCUGCCCUCGUGCCACUGCGCUUGCCACCUCAACAUCUCUUCGCUUUGCCUCUUCAUCUUCAUCUUUUUCUUCGAAUUCCGCAUCAACCGCCGCCACGCCACAGCGCACCGCGGCACCGCCGCCCAUCAUCGAUGCGAGCUGUAAUCUGUACGCCAACCAUCGACCAACGUCGCUCUUCCAGAAGGGUCUGCUGGCGGCGGGCUCCGCGCUGGCGGCCAUCAUCAACCCGGAGCGGGCCGACAUGGUGGCCACGCUGGGCGAGACCACCGGCCCGUCCGCCCUUCGCGCCCUCCACGCCCGCAUGGCCGCUCACCCCGUCGGCCUCGAGAUUCUGCAAACCAAGCCCAGGAUCACGGAAGACACGCUGGCGUUCGAUCGGCUGCUGGCGAUGCCGGAGGACACGCUGGGCGGGGCCUACGCCCGAUGGAUGCGCGGACACGAAUUCACCCCCGACGAGCGCCCGGCGGUGCGGUUCGUGGAUGACGCGGAGCUGGCCUACGUGAUGCAGCGGUAUCGCGAGGUGCACGACUUUUGGCACGUCCUCACCGGCGUACCCACCACCGUCCUCGGGGAGAUCGCCCUCAAGUGCGAGUACAUCCCGUGGGCCAAGCGAUCGGCCACCAACGCGACCUUCCUCAUGAACUUCUACUACGAGCGGCGCCUGGGCGACAACCUCGCCGCCAUCCGUGAUGAACUGCGCCUGGAGCCCUGGCACGGGCAGUAA